GCUUCUCAAGAGGAGCUGGGUCUGGGGAGUGAUCUCCAGCUUCAUCCCAGGGUCAGGUUCACACUUUCCACCAAUUCUCUCCUUUCUCUAUUCUCUAAGAUUUUACCUCUCACGGCAAGGCAGCUGCGGGCCUCUCCAGUGGCAGUGUCUGUUAAGCUCUGUGAAAUUUGCCAUAUGGAUGUCAGGUAUUUCUUACUGGCUUCCAAAAAAAACAUAGAUAAAGAAAUCUUUCCUGGAGCAUUUUCAGUCUGCAUUCGGAAGCUGUGCUGAGGAAGGAGGCCCUGGAGGGGGGCAGCAGGACAGCAGGGGGAAGAGUGGGUGAUGUGCCGGGGCCAGGGACCAGUACCUGGACGUGGGGGGCCCGGGCUGCCCUGUGCGUGUGCCGAAGUAACUUCUUGUGUGUUGAGAGGGUUGACCAUGGAGACCACGUCGCGCCUGCUUGGCCUUCUGCUGCCUGUGAUUUUUAAGUUUAGUUUCAUUAGUGUCUCGGCACAGCAGCGCUGGAACUGUCCUGAAGGUGUCCGGAGCAAUGGAAGCAAUGGGAUUUCCACCUGCGUGGGUCCUGCACCCUUCUUAAUUUUCUCCCAUGGACACAGCAUCUUUAGGAUCGACCCGGAAGGAACCAAUCAUGAGCAACUGGUGGUGGAUGCUGGUGUCUCAGUGAUCAUGGAUUUUCAUUACAGGGAGGAAAGAAUCUACUGGGUAGAUUUAGAAACAAAACUUCUGCAACGAGUUUUUUUGAAUGGGUCAAGGCAAGAGAAAGUAUGCAAUUUAGAGAAAAAUGUUUCUGGAAUGGUGAUAAAUUGGAUAAACGAAGAAGUUAUUUGGUCAAAUCAACAGGAAGGAAUCAUUACAGUAACAGAUAUGAAAGGAAGCAAUUCCCGCAUUCUUUUAAGCACCGUAAAACAUCCUGCAGAUAUAGCAGUUGAUCCGGUAGAAAGGUUUAUAUUUUGGUCUUCAGAGGCAGCUGGCAGCCUUCACAGAGCAGAUCUCAGUGGUGUAGAAGUGAAGACUCUGUUGGUGACACCAGAGAAAAUAGAAGCUAUGUCACUGGAUGUGCUCAAUAAACGUCUCUUUUGGAUUCAGGAAAAUAGAGAAGAAAGUGAUUCUCAUAUCUGUUCCUGUGAUUAUAAUGGAGGUUCUAUCCAGCUCAGCAAACAUCCAACACAGCACAAAUUGUUUGCAAUGUCCCUUUUCGGUCACCGUAUCUUCUAUUCAACAUGGAAAGAGAAGGCAAUUUGGAUAGCCAACAAACACACUGGGAAGGACAUGGUUAGAAUUAACCUCAACCCCUCACUCACGCCUCCUGGUGAACUGAGAGUGGUCCAUCCACUUGUGCAGCCCCAGGCAGAGGACAGCGUUCAGGACUCCGAGCGGGGACUUUGCAAGCUGAACGGAGGACGCUGUGACGGCCGCCAAAGCCGACCAGACUCCAAAUCCCACGAGUGCGCAUGCGCGGAGGGCUACGCGCUGAGCCGAGACCGGAAGUCCUGCGAAGAUGUCAACGAAUGUGCCCUUUGGAACCAUGGCUGUACUCUUGGGUGUGAAAACGUCCCAGGAUCGUAUUAUUGCACAUGCCCUGCAGGAUUCAUUCUGCUUCCAGAUGGGAAGCGAUGUCAUGGUAAGCCGCAGCCACAAGUAUUUCUUGUAUCAGUUUUCAGUAACGUUUCUAAGAUGGCUGUAACCUAGGUUGGUGGUCUGCAGUGACAAGUGUGCAUCAGAAUUACCUUGGAAUUUUAUUUUUUGUUUGCUUUUAAAAAUAUGGAUAACUGGGCUCCACUACAGACCUAUUUAGAACCUC